AUGACUAGGGCUGAAGCCCUGGCUUAUUUUAGAAACGACUGCAAAACGAGAAUCGUCGCGGAUGCAGGGCCGGAGGGAAUUGGAGCUGUGUUGCUACAACUGCAAGGAGACCAGUGGAGAGCGGUGUCGUAUGCCUCCAGGAACCUCUCGGACGUAGAGCGGCGAUACGCCCAAACAGAGAAGGAAGCACUUGCACUCGUGUGGGCUUGCGAGCGGUUUAAUAUAUAUGUGUAUGGUCGUGAAUUCGAACUGGAAACUGACCAUAAGCCACUAGAGUGUAUUUUCAACAAGACAUCGAAACCCUCAGCAAGGAUCGAAAGAUGGGUAUUACGACUUCAGUGCCACAACUUCAAGGUCGUUUACCGGCCUGGAAAGACGAACAUUGCCGAUGCUUUGUCUAGAAUGAACCAGAAGAAUCCAAAAGACCACAGCAGCGAGAAAGAGGACGUCAUCCGUUUCGUUGCCAUACAAGCGACACCCGUGGCCUUAACGACUAAAGAAAUAGAGAGAGCGUCAGAAAUCGACGCUGAAUUACAAAGUGUGCGAUACUAUAUCGAAUCGGGAGAUUGGACUAAAUGUAAACUGUCGGCAAAUGCGUGUGUAAAGAAUGAGCUCUGCAUGAUUGGUAGACUUGUUUUACGGGGGAAUCGAAUCGUUAUUCCUCAGAUGUUGCGAAGAAAGGUUUUGGAAGCGGCACAUGAAGGCCAUCAAGGAAUUGUAAAGACGAAAAGCAGAUUAAGAACGAAAGUAUGGUGGCCCAAGAUGGACAUAGAUGCUGAACGAGUGUGUAAAUCGUGUCAUGGAUGUCAAGUAGUCAGCCAGUAUAAUGUACCGGAACCCAUGAAACGGACCGAGAUGCCUACAGGCCCAUGGCAAGAUGUCGCAGUAGACUUGAUGGGGCCAAUGCCAACCGGAGAAUACUUGCUGGUAGUCGUGGAUUACUAUAGUCGAUACUACGAAGUUUCCAUUAUGCACUCAACAACUUCAGAAAAGAUUAUCAAAGCGCUAAACGAAAUUUUUGCUAGAUUUGGUUUUCCUUACUCGUUGAAAUCAGACAACGGGAGACAGUUUGUUAGUGAGGAGUUCAAGAGGUUUUUACAACAAGUGAAUAUUGAACACAGAACGUCACCACCACUUUGGCCACAAGCUAACGGUGAAGUGGAGCGCCAAAAUCGCACUCUUCUCAAGGCACUAAAAGUGGCCCAAGUUGAAGGCAAGGAUUGGAGAAAGGAGUUACCACAAUUCCUUCUUGCGUAUAGAACAACACCGCAAGUCACAACUGGAAAAACACCAGCGUUCCUUAUGUUCAAACGUGAACUGAGAAGUAAACUUCCAGAACUUAGGGGAGAUAUAGACGACUUUGAUGAGAACAUAAGGGAUCGCGAUUGGCGAAACAAGCUAGUACAAAAAGCUAAUGCAGAUGAAAAAAGGAGGGCAAAUGAUAGCACUAUUCUACCAGGAGACCAAGUACUACUACGGAACACUAAAACGUCAGGGAAGUUAGCUGCCAACUACGAAAAGGAGCCGUAUACGGUGGUCACGAAGGAGGGGAACGAAGUGAUGGUAGAGGCGGACGAUGGCUCGAUCUUUAGGAGAGACAGUUCAUUUGUAAACCAUAUAUAA